CGUCUCUCCGCGCGAUCCAGCAGCAUAGGGCGCGCGCGGACGACGUAGCUGUAUGGGGGCGCGAUCAGUAUUGGUAUUUUGCUACGGUGCGAAUCCAAAAUGUCAGACAUCGAUAAAUGGAUAGAGACGGCGAAAGAAUGCAAAUACCUGCCCGAAAAUGAUCUCAAGAAACUCUGCGACAUGGUGUGCGACUUGUUGCUGGAGGAGUCCAACAUCCAGCCUGUGUCCACCCCGGUGACGGUGUGCGGCGAUAUCCACGGCCAGUUCUACGAUUUGGAGGAGCUGUUCCGCAACGGUGGCCCCGUACCGGAUACAAACUACAUAUUUCUGGGGGAUUUCGUCGAUCGGGGCUACUACAGCUUAGAAACGUUCACACGUCUGCUCACACUUAAAGCUAAAUGGUCCGACAGGAUAACGUUACUACGCGGUAAUCACGAAUCUAGACAAAUCACGCACGUUUAUGGAUUUUAUGAUGAAUGCCAAAACAAGUACGGCAAUGCCAAUGCGUGGAAGUACUGUUGUAGGGUAUUUGACUUGCUCACAGUUGCUGCCUUAAUUGAUGAACAGGUUCUUUGUGUACAUGGUGGACUGUCUCCGGCUAUUAGAACACUAGAUCAAAUUAGAACGAUUGAAAGGAAUCAAGAGAUUCCACACAAAGGUGCUUUCUGUGAUUUGGUCUGGUCCGAUCCAGAAGAUGUAGAAACAUGGACAGUAAGUCCACGCGGCGCAGGCUGGCUGUUUGGCAGCAAAGUGACUUACAUGUUCAUGGAGGUGAAUGAUCUUAAACUCAUCUGUAGGGCGCAUCAACUAGUUCAGGAAGGUUAUAGGUACAUGUUUAAUGACAAACUCGUCACAGUGUGGUCGGCUCCGAAUUAUUGUUAUCGAUGUGGUAACAUAGCUAGUAUCAUGCAGUUCACGACAGUGGAUCAGAGAACACCCGUGCUGUUCCAGGCAGUGCCUGAUUCCGAGAGAGUAAUCCCACCUCUAACGCCCACUCCGUACUUUUUGUGAUCUAUCUUAGUGGCUCAUCAGUACGGAUGCGAAAGAGAAUUAUCUGUGUCUAGACACUAUGGAAUCACAUGAUUUGAUUGGCCGGAUCCCAGGCUGGUACCAUGACGGAACCAUACAUUCAUGAGAAUAUAUCACCGAUUAUACAUAUUACUCUAGAAAAUUUUGAUUCCCUUAAAAGAAAUUGUUUGAUGCGUUCUACGAUCGAAGUAAGACACUUAGAGGACUGAAUUGUCGUGUGAUUGCUCUUAUUCAGGGAAUGUUCUUUAGAUUUUUUAAGAACUUUAUCAGGUUUUACAUGUUGUAAAGCUAACUUUUAUAUAUAUACAUAGUAUCUGCCAUUGCAUCAGCCUGAUUUUUGUAGCACGAGAAAAAAAAAGAAGAAAACGAUAUUUUGCAUCAGAGCAAAUGUGAACAUUCUGUGGUCUAGACGCUUUUGCUGUCUAUGUACAUUCUGUAGAGCAUUCAUAUCUCAGAGCAGCAUUCUGGACUUCGAUGUUCAAAAGACUAAGAGCUUUUAAAUAAUUUAUGAGCGCAGAUAACGCAAGUAGUCCAGUGCUGUGUGAAUAAAAAGAAGGGAAUAAUAAGAAAUAUCACGUUUAAACAUUCCGGCAAAAAGUACACUCUGAGUAUGGUGAAUGCUUCUCUGACAUUACAAUCGUUGUGCGUAGAAUUCAGGUUUAUUAAAGCGUGAGCAUAUAUAGUACUGUUAAGGUCUUCCUGAACAUAUAAAUGAUCUGUUGCUGGUUUAGGUACUGUGUGUGCUGCGUGCUGUUUUUAUUUUCUUCUAAAUGCGCAAUCAGUGUUCUUAGCAAGAAUCGCAAAUUCGGCUCUUUUUUGCCGAGGUACAAAUAGCGUGUAGCAGUAGCCAAAGUUUUCCUGCUUAGGGGUAAGAUAUCCGAUAGCGGGAUCGUUAAUAGCAUCAUAGAGAGUUCUCUUAUUAUUUUUAUGCACAUGGCAUUUUUUUACGCUUAAUUUUAAGAAAUUCUAAGCUCAAAUAUUGUCUCUAAACUACGUUGAUACACUUUAAUAUUCUUUUCUGAAAAGAUAUCCACCGUUCGUUUGUCACACUUCUCUUCUAUAUAAAUAUAAAUAUAAAUAUACAUAUACAUAUAUGUACAAAGCAAUAUUUUCAAAUACUAUUGCAUUCUCCGAAUCUUUGUACAAUUUCCAAUAUCGUAUGCCAAAUCGCUGUCGUAUUGAAUAAUCGUAAUUAGCUAAUUGUCAUAAGUUCAUUAAUGUAGGGAGCAACUUUAAAAGAAAACAAACCGAGACCCUUAGCAAUGUGCCUCUAAAUUAAUAAGCGUUUGUGUAAUAUAAUGAUACGAUAUUGAUAUGACAUAAUUAAUGGAAUGCACCGGCCAUUGCGUAUCAUAAGCCUGAAUUCUGACCAUCGAUUUUUGCUAGCUCACGAUAAUUCCUAACCGAUCACAGACCCGACAAAUACGGCAUUGGCAUUGUGGCAUAGGCUGUCAGGUUGAGACUACUCUAUUUUGAAUUUUGUGAUAUAGACCGAAGGGAGGCGUGUGCAAUGGUCAUGUCGAUGUUUAUAACGACUCUCCUUGUCGCACUAUUCGGAGGGCUUCUGCGAAGACCCGUUAUUCCAAGGAAUGUAAUAAACUUUUGAACAGUGCCUUCAGAACUAUAACACGACGGUCUACUAGAAGUAUAAAUGCUUUCUUACUGACAGAUAAUCAUAGACGAACUAACAUAAGGACGAAGAAUCAUGCAAAUACCAGAGCUUAACGAGAAUGCGUAUGGGGAAAUUUUUAUCACAUCCUUUCUUUUUAUUCUUCUAUAUUUCAUAAACCUUUCACUAUUAUUUGGAACGAACCAUUGCUUUGUCGCAAAACUUUUUCUACGAUAUACUUACGUUUUACGAUUUUUACCUACCUUUUAGGUCUAACUCUUACAUUUUAUAACAUUACACGCGCGAUAUAUUCUCUAUUUGUACUACAUUUAUUACAACGUACGAUUACGCGAUGCUCUACGCGAGUAAUGUAUUACAUUAAGUAGAAAGAGCGCAUAUAGAACGAAUCGGGACACGGAGCUUGCGUUACAAACUCGACUCGCUACAUUUGCAGCCUCCGAGUCGUGAAACGGUUUCGCAACGGCGGGAACGCCCUACGUGCAGUACGGGUAUCGUAGAAAUCCUAAAAGAAAAAAAAAAAGUAUUAGCCUCCGUAUCUAUUGGGGCGUUCGCGGCCGUUUUCGUUUACCGGAAUGCCUCUGUCUGUGAUCGCUUUAAUCUUAUCGAAGUGUCCAAGCGCUUGCGGCGACUCGAUAUUAAUAAUCGGUAAGCUCGCGAGAGUGAGAGAGAGAACAAAUAAAGACAAUUUGCAAGAUAAAAAUAAAAUAACGAAGACUAAUUUAGCUUAAUGUGCUCCGUGCGGGAGCUUGAACACUGCGCAUAAUCCUUAAAGAUCUCACAGGUAGACACCAUUUUAAAACGAUCAUCAUGUACCUUGAAAGUAUAGACUUUGUUAUGUUAAUGUAAUGAAGAACGUCUGUAAUAAAAAUGCGCAAAAAAUCGCA